AUGGCAACGUGGAAGGAAGGAUCCGACUGUUGCCUGUGGGAAGGUGUCACUUGCGACCCUUUCACCAGUCAUGUCGUCGGCCUCCACCUUGGUUGUGACCAAGUACUGCCCUACACCCCUUGUCGGCGGUUUCAGGGGACUGAUCUGCAUCGAAACAGCUCCCUCUUCCACUUGCGGCACCUCCGGAGCCUCGAUCUGUCCGGCAAUGACUUCAAUGGCUCCGCGAUUCCCUCAACCUUCACCCAGUUGACCAGCCUGGCUCAUCUCAACCUCUCUAGAUCGAGGUUUUCCGGUCACAUCCCACUCGGGUUCAGCCGUCUCAACAAGCUUGUCUCACUUGAUCUUUCCUAUUUCUCCCGACAACCGAUGAUCCUCGCUUCAAUCGGGAAUUUGAAGUCCUUGGACACUUUAUACCUUUCCGACUGUUCAUUGUCGGGGUCUGUCCCAGCUUCUAUAGGGAACCUCACGUCCUUGACUGGUUUCGGCCUUCCAGGCAAUUCAUUAUCCGGGAGAUUUCCUGUCAAUUAUAUUGGCUUGAAUAGUAUACAGUGGAUCGACUUGGGAGGUAACUUACUCAAUGGAACUAUCCCAUCUUGGAUGCUAGCCCUUCCAUCCUUGCAUUGGUUGGACCUCAGUUCUAACUUGUUAACAGGAGAGAUCCCUGAGUUCCAAUCGAGUUCCUUAGGAGCGAUUCUUCUACAACAAAAUCAAUUGUCUGGUCCUGUACCAAACACAAUCUUCAACCUUGUGAACGUUUCCGAGAUCCAUCUCGGUUCGAACAGAUUGAGCGGCGUCUUCCAUUUGGAUCGUAUUAAAACUCUAGAAAAUCUUCGACGUCUUAGCCUUUCACAUAAUAAUAAUAUUUCAAUACUAUUUGGUAGCACCCCACAUAAUUCUACCCGGAUUUCUUCACUUGAAUUCUUAGACCUAUCUUCUUGUAACAUUACCAGAAUCCCAAGCUUCUAUCUUGACUUCUUUCCCUCUCUCUCGUACCUUGAUCUCUCUCACAACUUUUUGACCUCCAUGACCAUCCUACCACCUCACAUGGAGAGUCUUCAAUACCUUGACCUAAGCUACAACAUGAUUGAAGGCCCACUUUCUAUCCCGUGGAGUCCUCAACUUCAAUAUUUGUUAGUGGACAAUAACAAGUUGACAGGGAGGAUGCCACAUCACAUAUGUAAUAUCACCACCCUUGACGUCAUCAACUUGUCUAACAACAGCUUGAGUGGCAGCAUACCUGAAUGCUUGGUCAACCUUACCGAUUUGACAGUCUUGCAAUUGAGGACGAACAACUUCCACGGUUCAGUUCCAUCCAUAUUUGGCAAUAUGAGCUCCUUGGAAAAUCUGGACUUGAAUGGAAACACAUUGGGAGGUCCAUUGCCGCAAAGCUUAGCAGCGUGCAAGGAGCUUCAAGUAUUGGAUGUCGGGAACAAUGAACUUAAUGGUGUUUUCCCAUUUUGGUUGUCAUCUCUUCCCGAACUGAAAGUUCUCAUCUUGCACAAUAAUAGUUUCCAUGGCACUAUCACGACUGAGAGUAUGGACAGCUUUCCCAUGUUGCGGAUAUUGGACAUCUCCAACAACUACUUCAACGGUCUUCUGCCCGCAAGCUUGUUUCACAAGUUCCGGGCCAUGAUGAUGCUGCAAGAGUCCGAGAAAGUUGGAGUAAAUUACAUUGGACGGUCAAGUACUGAUGAGUACUACUAUGUUGAUCUGAUAGUGAAAGGCCAAGAGAUGAUGAUAACAAAAAUCCUCACCAUCUUCACCACCGUGGAUUUGUCGAACAACUAUUUCCACGGCAGUAUUCCAGAGGCAAUUGGAGAGCUCAAAUCACUCAAGCACCUCAAUCUCUCACACAACAGCCUCAGUGGCCCAAUUCCGUCUUCCCUCGUGAACUUGACCGAACUCGAAGCCUUGGAUCUCUCCUCCAACCAACUUACAGGGGAGAUCCCACCGCAAUUCACAAGUCUGACUUCAUCUCUUGCAAAAUUCAACUUGUCGCAAAAUUCACUCCAGGGGCCGAUACCUCAAGGCAGUCAAAUCCAGACAUUUGAUAAUACUUCUUACAUUGGAAACGAAGGAUUGUGCGGGCUUCCGUUGUCCAAGAAGUGCGGAGGCGAUGGUCAUAAUGAUCAUGAUGAGGAUUCUGAACCAGAAUCCGAGUCCAAUGGCGGAACACUGUUUGAUUGGAAAUUCGCAGGUGCUGGGUAUGGAUGCGGGCUAGUGAUCGGAGUAUCGACCGCCUACGUUAUGUUCAUAAUCAGGAAGCCACGGUGGCUGGUGGAGAUGAUAGAUAAUUGGAUUCGGCGGCAACACCAGGCUAGACGGUGGAGGCCGGCGAUAAGAUUUUAA